AUGGCUAAUUUCUUUGAAGAGCUCUGGUCGAGCAUUUUCACGCCAGGAGCCUCUCCACAACUGAUUGUUGCGACUCAUGUCUCAUUUUUCAUGUUGUCGUGUUGCCUAGGAUGGCUCAUUUACUGCACCAAGAACGGGCACUUCGUGGCAUUGCUGGGGAUCUCGACUCUGUUAUGGGUUACCGUUACGUGGUUUAUCAGUGAACUCAAUCAUGCCAAGCUAAACGAUAAUCAGAGCCUUGCCAAGAAGAACGAUGGCGAUAAGACCUCCGAUAAUGCCAAGCAUCAAGUCUCCGAACCGGACAAGAAGCUCGAACAAAAUACACAGGGCAACUCUUCGGCGGUCAAGGUUACAAAGACCAAAUCCAGAAAGGCUUAG